AGGGAACCAUAGAGCUCCGCUCGCCGGGCUAGAGCGCCGGCAGCAGGGCGCGAUGGGAGCGCCCUGGCGGACCGAGGCCGCUGCCGUACGCCCGGCGGGGAGCAGGGCCGGCGGAGAGCGCGGCGGGGGCACCGGGCGGGAGGGGACGGCUCCGCCGCGCUAUGGCCCUGCGCAGCUGGAGCGCGCUGCUGGCGCUGGCCAGGACCAGGACCAGGCCCAGGGCAUGGCACCAAGGCAGCCUCACCACAGAGCACUGCGCCUUCCUUCACCGCCUCUCUGCUUUCAGAAGCUCCCACCUGCUCGUGCACUCCAUCUCUCCAUGCUCUCCAGCGAUUGCUUUGGUCCAGCUGGUGGAUUUGCACUUAAACCGGACUUGCAUACGCCCCUCGGAACGCCAGCGCUGCACACAGCCGCGGCCCCGCCUGCCUCACCCCGCAGCUGAAGCCGUGCGAUCGUUCCACGCCUCCACCCGCGUGCUCCGGGAGCCCCAGGAGCAGCCUGCACCCAGCCGAGCUGCUGCACCCACCCGAACACCGGCACGAGGCACAGAGAGCCCCACAGGGAGAAAGCCCUGGCACCAAAAAAUUGUGGGCGAACUGAAGCAUUAUUACAACGGGUUCCACUUGCUGUGGAUCGACACUAAGGUUGCUGCCAGGAUGGUGUGGAGGCUGCUGCACGGUCAGGUCCUCACUAGGAGGGAGAGACGAAGGUUGCUGAGGACCUGUGCAGACCUUUUCCGGCUGGUUCCCUUCCUGGUGUUUAUCAUUGUUCCCUUCAUGGAGUUUCUGUUACCAGUGUUCUUGAAACUCUUUCCUGAAAUGCUGCCCUCAACGUUCGAGACAGAGUCAAAAAAGGAAGAAAAGCAGAAAAAGAAAUUAAACGCAAAGCUGGAAUUAGCAAAGUUCUUGCAAGAGACCAUUGCAGAGAUGGCCAAAAGGAACAAAGCAGAUGCAGGACAAGGAAAACAGUUCUCUUCCUACGUGCACCAGAUUCGUCACACUGGCCACAAACCCAGUACCCAAGAGAUCGUGCGCUUCUCCAAGCUCUUUGAGGAUGAGCUGACCCUGGAACACUUGGAACGGCCGCAGUUGGUGGCUCUUUGCAAAUUGCUUGAGCUGCAGCCCCUUGGCACCAACAACCUGCUCCGCUUUCAGCUUCUGCUGAGGCUCAGGACUAUCAAGACAGAUGAUGAAAUGAUUGCCAAGGAAGGAGUCAAUGGCUUAAGUGUGUCUGAACUGCAGAGCGCAUGCAGAGCCAGGGGAAUGCGAUCACUGGGGCUCUCAGAGGAGCAGCUGAAGGAACAGCUCAGACAGUGGCUAGAUCUGCACUUGAAAGAGAAUGUUCCACCUUCUCUGCUCCUGCUUUCGCGUGCCUUGUACUUAAUAGAUGUAAAGCCACAAUCUGUUCCAGAAAAUAAGAUAGGUGAAACUGAGAAAGCGAUGACAUCCAUUCCUGAAGAUCAGGAGACCCUGGUGGAUCCUGCCCCCAUUGCACAGGGAAGAAAGAAUGAAGAAUUUGCACCUCGGCCAGCGGAGAAAUUGCCAGUCUCAGAGGUGCCAGUUAAGCCACUCCAACAAGAGACUAAACUGGAGGCAUCUCAGAGCAGCAAGGCUGGCGCCAAUGGGGUGUAGCCUGAAGCCAGCAGGGACAAUCAGCACUGGAAGAAAAGAGCUUUCAUCUCUGCACCUCCUUCAAAGGAAAGAGUGACUGUCCAGCAGACUGCUUUUCAAAAAGGUGUCUGUAGUCCCAAGGGGCCCUCUCCCUCUGUUCCCAUCUUACUAGCAGUCAGACAACGCUCCGGCUAUCAGGAUAGCACCAGCUUCUUGUUUGUACUGCAUCCCCUACCCCCACCAUUUUAACUUAUGUUGUAUGUAUGUUAAUAUUUAUACUGCUGUCUCUGCUGUUACUUACUGAACAGGUAUCUGUGCUCCUAAACAUUAGGAAAGGCAGCUUUUCAUUUUGACAGGGGUCCAGGUGCAGAAUGAACUUAUCUGGAAGUGCAGAACAGCUUGUUCUGCAGUUUAGAAUCCUGUGCAGGAACACAGCCACACAUCCAGGACUUCCAUCUUGUCCUGCUGCAGCUUGACGGGUUCAAGCCUUGCUCUAGUUAGUGUGGUUUAACCCCAACUAGAGCCCAAAAUGACCUGUGUGGACAUUGCAUUUAAAUAUCACAUUUGCACUGAAGAGAAUAACCCCAGCAAAGGGAAGGAAGACCAGUGUUCUCACCGUUUGUGUUGAGUUUUUCAGAAAGACUUUCUUAAAAACUUGCUGGACAAGAGCAGAACAGCGAAGAGGACAACUUCCACUGUACAAGCAUCUGCAUUCAUCAGUGAAAGCUGCAGCAGGGGCAGCCCAGCUGCCUGGCACUGCCACAGGAGACAGAGGUGUGCAUUAUUCAGGAUCCCUCUGGGUCCUGCGAGGCAACAACCUGCAGACCCACGUGUCUCACAAGCUGAGACUUGGUUAAACCUUAUCCAGCUCAGCACUGCGUCAUAGCAACUGCCCUCAGACUUUUUAUAAAUGAUUCUUCACACACUCCAGGGUCAGCUGCUGGUUUUUGGUAGGCUCUACAGGAGGAUACUGAAACGCUGUUCUUAGCAUUUGUUACUUUUUGUCUUGGGUGUAUGUGAAUAUUCAGAAAUUAUUUUGUGGGCUGCAGAUAUUUAUACUGACUGUAAGAUUAACGUUAGACUUGGUGCUAUGUCUUUUUUUAGAGGUCAGACAGCUUUUAGAACAAUCAGGAAAAAAAAAGAACCCAUCAUCUCAAGGUCAGGGCAUUAUCAGCACUUUAAACAUGUGACUUCAGGCUCUUAUUAGCAAUACAGAAACAGAACGCAGUCCAACAGUAGCUGUCUUCUGCAAUCUUAGCUCUGUACCUGCACCUCUGCCUUAGUAAUAAAACCAGCGUGCAAUCCUGAA